ACACAUCCUCCUUUCCGAGUGAGUGAACACUGAUUUCCAGAAGCGCUAGGCCGCGCCACAACUGCUCGCUCUUGCGGUAGUUUGACAAACUUGUCAGAAGAGAACACCAAGCUCUGCGAGUGUGAGGGCGGAGGAGGCAACUGAGGGAGAACUGGCCGAGGUCAUUACUCGACGUGGCUGUGAAUGAGCGCCUCCUGUGCCGACACCAUGGCUCGCGCGCUGUGUGCCGUGCUGCUUGUGUGCGUCGCCGCGGCCUCCGCCGCCACCCUCCACGCCAGGGCGCUCAACAACCGGCCCGUCAUCGGCGUUCUGUCGCAAGAGGUAUCUCCUACUGUCGCUGGCAUCUAUGGCAACCAUUCCAGCUACAUCGCGGCGUCGUAUGUCAAGUUUUUGGAGGGUGCAGGCGCGCGGGUGGUGCCGAUAAUCUACGCCAUUGUUAUAGCAAGAAAGGAAACUUUUGAACACAGUAUUGGACUUAUGACUCUAGUUUACACUUGCGCCAAACUGAACGCCCGAGGCGACUACUUCCCGCUGUGGGGCACGUGCCUGGGCUUCGAGCUCAUCACGUACCUGGCGGCCGGACGGCGCGAGCACCGCGCCUGGUGCGACUCCGAGAACGAGAUGCUGCCGCUCGACUUCAAACCGGAUUUUGCAGAAAGCCGUUUGUUUAAGUCAGCUUCGAAAGAAGUCAUUAAAAUAUUAUCAACUGAAAAUGUGACACCAAAUUUUCAUCACUGGUGUAUUACGGAACAGAACAUGACUAAAUUCGGUCUGAGCGAGGAUUGGCGAGUGAUGUCCACGAAUAAGGACUCCGACGGCUUCGAGUUCGUGUCGACGAUCGAAUCCCGAUCGCGCCCGUUCUACGCGACCAUGUUCCACCCCGAGAAGAUCGGCUACGAGUGGAAGGAGAAGCACCGCACCCCGCACGACGCGCACGCCGUGCUCACCAUGCAGUACUUCGCCGACUUCUUCGUCGACGAGGCUCGGAAGAGUAGCCAUAAAUUCAGCCCUAAUGGAGAAAUAGAACUUAUUUACCAGUACCAACCGACUUAUACCGGAAAUCGAACCAUCUAUCAGCAACUCUACUUCUUUAACUAUUGACUACCAUCAGCAGUGCUUGAAUAAUUUUAAUGAUUGUAUUGUAUGUAUGCAGUAAAAUAUUUAAAUAAAAUGUUUUGAGCCUG